UGGUCUUCCCCUGUAAUCGCAAAAGGAAAGUCUCCGUGAUUCAAAUUCGAUCCAUCGAUUCAAAUCAACAAUAUGUCGAGCGAAAAGGAGAGAGAAAAUCAUGUUUACCUGGCUAAGCUCGCUGAACAAGCCGAACGCUACGAUGAAAUGGUUGAAAGUAUGAAGAAUGUUGCGAAACUUGAUGUUGAGCUGACAGUCGAAGAGCGCAACCUGCUUUCAGUUGGAUACAAGAAUGUCAUAGGGGCAAGGAGGGCCUCUUGGCGUAUUAUGUCAUCAAUCGAACAAAAAGAGGAAUCAAAAGGAAAUGAGAACUAUGUCAAUCUGAUCAAGGGAUAUCGCAAAAAGGUUGAGGAUGAGCUUUCCAAAAUUUGCAGUGACAUACUUGCUAUUAUAGAUAAGCAUCUGAUACCAUCUUCAGGCUCAGGAGAAGCUACUGUUUUCUACUACAAGAUGAAGGGUGACUACUUCCGCUACCUUGCUGAGUUCAAGACGGAUGAGGAAAGAAAGGAAGCUGCAGACCAAUCAUUGAAAGGCUAUGAGGCUGCUUCUGCUUCUGCAAAUAAAGAACUCCCUUCAACCCACCCUAUCCGUCUUGGCCUGGCUCUCAAUUUCUCAGUGUUCUACUAUGAAAUUAUGAACUCUCCUGAGAAGGCCUGCCAUUUGGCUAAACAAGCUUUUGAUGAGGCAAUUGCUGAGUUGGAUACCUUGAGUGAGGAAUCAUACAAAGACAGCACCUUGAUCAUGCAGCUGUUGAGGGAUAACCUCACUCUGUGGACUUCUGAUUUGCCUGAGGAUGGAGGAGAUGAAAACCCCAAAGGUGAAGAGGCAAAACCAGCUGAAGGAGAGAAGAAACAGUGAUGAGAAAAAGAAGCAGGCAGGUAGGGCUGUCAAGUUUAUACUUGCAAAAGAAUUGGGAAUGGGCUUUUGUUACAAUGGGGAUCAAAUCAAUAUUUCUUCUGUUGUUUGUGGAAGCAGUUAGGUUAUCAAAGUUGAUCCACAUUGAUUUUUGGUCCUCUUUUUUAUCUUCAGCUUUAGCUUUGUUGAACUCUGCUCCUUGAUG